AUGAUAGACGGCAGUGAAGGAAACAGCACUUAUCCACGUGUGAUUACACAGGAAAAUUCGGAGCUUACCCUAGACGGUGUGAUGGUAAUCUACAACUCUCCCAUUCCUGAGUGCUGGAACUACAGGCGGCAUCAGUAUCCCAAUCAGGCAAAGAUGAUGAACAAUUUUGUCCAAGAAUUGUCUCUGUCGCAGGACCUGGGGGAAAUGGAUUCAGAGAGCGAUUUUGAUGCCACCUUCGAGAGCCAGGACAUGGAAUCCCCAAAUAAUGUAUAUGAAAAUGAUGGUAGUAUGCAGAACGCUAGUGGCAAGCCAAUCUUUGCCUUUGACAUGGAAGGCGUACUAAGGAGUCAGCCCAAACAUCGCUCUUCACAACUGCGAAAUGCCAUUCUGCAAAAAGCAAAAGAUAUUAUGCGUCUUGCUAUAAACCAGAGACACAUUGAUGCUGCCAUAGGCGUGAUGACUGAGUUCGAAAGAUGGCUGGUACACGACACUGCGUCCUCAGUGACAUUGAGCCAAAAGCGUGCUCACAAGGGAACAACGGGAGAUGACACUCGGGUAUCCAACUAA